AUGGUAAAAUAGAAUUUGAUAAAGAAAAGAAGAAAAUUAAAAAGUAAUAGAAAAACACUAUAAAGAGAUCCUUUUUAAAUUAUUUUUCAAUAAUUACCUUUUAUUAUUGAAUUCGAAAAUAAAAAAAAUUAUUUUAAAUACUAAAUAUAAAAUAUUAGAUAAUAAUGCAAAAGCUAAUAUAAGAAAAUUGCUAUUACAGUAAGAAGAAAUCAAAUUUUUGAAGAUUCUUUUAACUAAAUAAAUAAUUUAAAACAAGAAUAAUUAAAAUGUAAAUUUGUUAUUGAAUUCCAAGAUGAAGAAGGUGUCGAUGCCGGUGGUUUACUAAGAGAAUGGUUUCUUUAAUUAUCAAAAGCUAUGCUUAACCCAGAUUAUUUACUUUUCAAACCUUCUAAUACUGGAAAUACAUAUUAACCCAAUUAAAAUUCUUAUUUUAAUGAAAACCAUUUAGAUUAUUUUAAAUUUAUAGGAAGAAUAGUUGGAAAAGUAAUUAUUAUUUAAAAAAAAAAUUAAUAUAAUUAAUAUAAAUUUUUAUUUUUUCUAAAAAAGGCUCUAUUUGAAGGAUAAAUGCUCGAAGCUUAUUUUACAAGAUCUUUUUAUAAACAUAUAUUAGGAUAACCUUUAACAUAUCAUGAUAUAUAAGAUUAAGAUUAUGAUUUUUAUAAAAGUUUAAAAUGGUUAAUAGAGACUGAUAUAACUAAUUUUACUGAUUUAGCUUUUAGGUUUUUUUUUUUUUUUUUUUUUAAGAAAUAUAUUUAUAUUUUUAAUAGUUUUGAGGAAAAUUAAUUUGGUAAAUAUGAAUAAAUAGAACUCAUUCCUAAUGGAAAGAAUAUAACUGUUACAGAAGAAAAUAAAUAUUAAUAUGUAAAAUUGAUUUGUUAUGCUAAAAUGGCUAAAAAUAUAAAAGUGUAAAUUGAAAAAUUCCUUGAAGGUUUUCAUGAACUUAUUCCUCAUGAUUUAAUUGAAAUAUUUAAUUCUUAAGAAUUAGAGUUAAUUAUUUCUGGUUUACCAGAAAUUGAUAUAUAAGAUCUUAAAGAAAAUACUGAAUAUUAAAAUUAUACCAAAAAUAGUAAAGUUAUUGCUUGGUUCUGGGAAGUAUUAGAAAAUUACGAUGAAGCAUAAAAAGCAUCUUUUCUAUAAUUUGUUACAGGUUUAUAUUAAUAUAAUUUUUUAUUUUUUUUAAAUAUAAGAAUUUUUUUUAAUAUAGGAACAUCUAAAGUACCGCUUGAAGGAUUCAAAUAAUUAAGAGGUAUUUCAGGAUUAUAAAAAUUCUAAAUUCAUAAAAGUUAUGAUAUAUCUAAACUUCCAACAGCUCAUACAUGGCAAAAAACGAAUAUUAUAUAUUUUUUAUUAUUAUUUAUUUAUUAUUAUUUAUAAAAAUAAUAGCUUUAAUUAACUUGA